AUGUCUUCCUAUCACGCCUGCUCGAGAGCAUUUUCCACCAUGGCACGCUACACAACUAAGCAACACAGUAUCCCUGCGGCCUACUACCGCGGCGGAACGUCUCGCGCCUUGAUCUUCCAUGCCAGAGACCUCCCUCCCAACCGCGCAGAUUGGGCCCCCAUCUUCCUUGGGACCAUCGGCUCGCCCGACCCCAAUGGCAGACAGCUCGAUGGCAUGGGCGGCGGCAUCUCCAGCCUGUCCAAGAUCUGUGUCGUGGCGCCAUCUCAACGCGAUGACGCCCAGAUCGACUUCACUUUUGUCCAGGUUGGCGUCAAGGAUAGCCGGAUCGACUACUCGGGCAAUUGCGGCAACAUGUCGAGUGCCAUCGGGCCGUUUGCUGUUGACUCCGGACUGAUCGACCCUGGAGAAGGUUCUUCAUCUGUGACCGUGCGCUUGUACAAUACCAACACGGACAAGAUCAUCCAUGCCACCUUUCCUGUUUCCGAAGACGGUAAGGAGGCUGUCGCUGACGGGGAUUUUGCUAUUGAUGGCGUAGCCGGCACAGGGGCCAAGAUCCAGCUCGACUUCAUCGACCCGGCAGGGUCCAAGACAGGGAAGCUUUUGCCAACUGGCAACGUGGUGGAUGUCAUCGAUGGGAUCAGAGUGACAUGCAUCGACGCCGGCAAUCCCUGUGUCUUUGUGAAGGCGGAGGAUCUUGGAGUAGAUGGGACGAUACUGCCUCAUGACACGGAUGCCCGUCCUGACCUGCUGGGAUCGCUAGAGUCCCUCCGCAAGAAAGCCACCAUUGCCAUGGGAAUGGCCCAGACAGCAGAAGAUGUUCCUCCCUCCAUACCCAAGAUCUGUUUUGUCUCCAAGCCCUCGUCACACAGGCUUCUGUCUGGGGAAACGCUCGACCCAGAUUCCGUGGACGUCGUCGUCCGUGCCAUCUCCACCGGCCAGCCGCACAAGGCGCUGCCUAUCACGUCCGGAUUGUGUGUCUCAGCAGCGGCGAAGCUUGCAGGUUCUAUCGUGAACGAGUGUCUUCCAGAGGGCUCAGCCGAGAAAGCAGAGCUGAUAAUCGGGCAUCCCAGCGGGAAGUUGGUCGUCGGGGCUUCCUACAAUGAGAGCGGCAAGUUAGAGAAGUCAACGGUGUUUCGCACAGCGCGCAGGUUGAUGGAGGGAAGGGUAUACUGGAAAUGA